AUGGCACCCAUCCUCGCCCGCUCACUCAACCGGCUGUCAAAGGAAACUAUCCUUGAACUUGCUCUGACAUGGCUGGAGGAGAAGCGCACUUCUGCUCCUUAUCUGCAGAGCAAUCGUACGGGUUUCGAAGCAGAUGAAGAGGAUUACCUCCACACGCCAGCAGAGAGUAUUGAAGAACUGCGCAAACUGUACGACAAUCUCAGAAAGGAUGUCGCAAAAGCUGCUAAGCGUGACAUUAUUGACCGCAUUGUCGAUGGCGACUGGCGGAGGGGGCUGUCGCUGCACCAACAUGCCAUGAUUGACUUUGCUGCUCUGGAGCAGAAUGAUCAUGCAUUGAGAUGGAGUGCGCUGAGGCUGGUACCACUAGAAGUGGAAGAACAGCGAAAAGGGCUCGAUGACGAUGAUGACGAUAGCGACGAUAGUUCUCAUCCACCCAAGAAAAAGCGAAAAUUGAGUCAUCACAAAGCCGAACCCCCUUAUCCUCAAGUCUCUCCAGAAGCAUUUCUCGCGGCGCUGAAGGCAGAGAUCUCACCCCUGGUCAAAGCGCACUAUCACCUCCAUCGUAUGCCGCCGCCUUACCGACUCACGAUCCUGCGGCUCUACAUUACUCCGAACUCGGCUUUUGCACCCAAACGAUCCAGGAUCCCAGCCCGGGCCAAGCAUGCGACUGAUUCUGGGCGCAUCAUGUAUAUAGCCCUCCCGGACAGCUGCCCUUAUGUCUAUAUUUCGAUAUCCGGAUCCUCGUCGAGCUCGAACCGACGAUCAAACGGGCAAAAGGGUACGAAAGAUGGGAUGAUGGCGGCCAAAGUGGACAUGGCCGCCAUGAAGAGGAUCGUCCUGGAAGCUAUUCCAAAGGCACUUUCUCGCCCCCAGCGUCGAUGGGCACUAGACACGACCAAGCUCGUAGCCAAGUCUCUGAAAACGAUGUGCGAGCUCAGGGGUAACCAAAAGCCAGGAACGGGUGGUGGAGCGUACACUGUCUUUGCCGAGGGGACGAAGGCGUCGGAAAACAGCCCCGUCGACGUACUCGGCAAGGAAGAGACCAAUGUCGAAGAUGAGAGAUGUCGACUCGUUGAAAAACGGUUCGGAGACAUGUCUGGGGAUCAUCAUGCACCACUCGAUCGUGUUCAGAUUAAACUCUGCAACGCGAUACCGACUGAGGACGAUGGGGAGGAGUCGUUUGGCGCAGGAGCAGAACCAAAGAUAGAUGGCGACAUCACUUUGACAUUUUCCGGCAGUGAUGUGUUUCUAGGGUUGAAGAAGCUUGCGGAGAUGGGACCGGAGUAUAUCGACUUGGACAAGAUGCCUAGUUGGAUGACUGGCGAAUUGGGUGUCAGCAGUUUGGCUGUUUAG